AUGAGUCGCUUGAAUAAGAAAAUCGCACCUACAGCGCCCAUGGCGAGAAAGACCACUGUCGUCGACGCCACCGCCGUCGCCACAACAUCAGCAGUCACGGACGAUAUCACACGACGCUUUUCGAUGACCGACGAACUUUCGAGGCACGCUGCGCUUUCUGCUCCAGACCAAUUGUAUUUCCGUCGGAAAUUACUGCGGAGUGUUGGUAUUCGAGAGAAAGUGACUGAAAAAAUUUUAUUGACGGCGCACGCGACGCUCCAUCUGUCCAAGAUGGAAAGUUCGUUGUCGAUUAGCGUCCUUUCGUUGUUCCCCGACGAAAUCAUCAAUUUCAUCCCGCGUAAUUUUUUCGUUGUGCUGUGGACUAACGAUUUACGCCUUUCCAUUCGAUUGUUGAAGGACGUACGAGACGACACGAAGAAGGCCGACGUCACCGAUCAGCUCAAGGUGGUUUUCUUGAACUCAUAUAAAAAAGGAAAUCGAGCAAUUCGUGGGAUGGACAAAAUGAGACGAAAGUCUCAGAAGUUCUCAAAUACCCCGGCGCGAUCAUUGCAUAAAGACGACGGAUUCGCUGGACUUCCGUUCUGUGCUGCCGACGACGAGACAAUUAAAUGUAUUGGCGGUUAG